UCCGGAAAUACGUAGUCUGUUGUCUCCGCACACAUCCGCAGUACUCUUGUGUUCAUGGAUGUUUAAGCGGUUUCUGCACAGAUUGCUAGACGGCCUGGCUCACAGGUCCAGAGCCUGUCCGCUGGCAACAUCCGUGCAACAAUGAGCUCGGGACAGCCGAGCGACACCGAGGCGCCCGAGGAGCCGCGCGCUGCGGAGAACAAGGACGACAGCGAUGAAGACGAGGGCUCCACGAGACCAUCAUCACCGCGGGCGGGCCGCCAGAGGAACGUUACCGGGACGCAGGGCAGCGCGAGGCUCGAGUCGGCCGCGGACGGCGGGACGGGCGCGGGGUGCAGGGUCUCGACCGCCUGCGACUCUCUGUUCUCUUGGAUUUGUAGGAGGACAGUUGGCAGGGGGCCGUUUGUAGACCCCGCUCGGGAUCAUUUCCGUACCAUGACACGGCUUUAUUCAUCCAUGAGCCCGGCUGCGGACUCGGUGAACCUCAGUACACAAACCCACGGGGCUGUCUUCAACCUGGAGUACUCUCCGGACGGGUCAGUUUUGACAGUUGCUUGUGAGCAGACAGAAGUGCUUUUGUUUGACCCCAUUUCCUCCAGACAUAUCAAAACACUGGUGGAGGCUCAUGAGGACUGUGUAAACAACAUAAGGUUUCUCGACAACCGGCUGUUUGCGACCUGCUCCGAUGACACCACCAUUGCAUUGUGGGAUUUGCGUAAACUCAACUCGAAGGUGUGCACAUUACAUGGCCACGCCAGCUGGGUCAAGAACAUAGAGUAUGAUACAAACACUCGCCUGCUGGUGACGUCAGGAUUCGACGGAAAUGUCAUCACAUGGGACACCAACAGGUUCACAGAAGAUGGCUGUCCACACAAGAAGUUUUUCCACACUCGCUAUCUAAUGCGGAUGCGUCUGACUCCAGACUGCAGUAAGAUGUUGAUCUCCACCUCCUCUGGUUACCUGCUCAUCUUACAUGACCUUGACCUCACCCAGAGCCUUGAGGUCGGCAGCUACCGCAUCCUACGGGCCCGAAGAGCUCCUCUCAGCACAGAAGGUUCAUCAGCAGGUUCCAGGCCGGCGGGUUCCCGUCACACCAUUGACAGUAAAACCCAUCCACACAGAGAGGGUCUGUCACCCAGAAACAGUCUUGAGGUUUUAACCCCAGAGAUCCCGGGUGAGAAGGACCGUGGGAACUGCAUCACCUCCUUGCAACUUCACCCUAAAGGCUGGGCCACGUUGUUGCGCUGCUCCAGCAACAUGGACGACCAGGAGUGGACGUGUGUGUAUGAGUUUCAAGAGGGAGCUCCACCUCGACCUCCGGUGUCUCCUCGCUGCUCUCUGCGUCUCACGCACUACAUUGAGGAGGCUAACGUCGGCCGAGGCUACAUUAAAGAGCUGUGCUUCAGUCCCGAUGGCCGGCUCAUCUGCUCGCCGUACGGUUACGGCGUGCGCUUGCUGGCGUUCGAUGAGCACUGUGCCGAGCUGGUGGACUGCAUGCCUGUGCGGACGGCUCUGCUGCGAGAGAUUCGCUCCAUCUACUCUCACAGCGACGUGGUGCUCACCUCCAAGUUCUCUCCUACUCACUGUCAGCUAGCAUCGGGCUGCCUAAGUGGACGCGUAGCUCUGUAUCAACCACACUUUUAACACACACAAAUGCAUUAGAAUUUACACUGAUCGUUAUAUGAAAGAAGAAGCAUCUGAUUGGUCACAUGGAUAAUGGGAGAACAAAACUACCUUAGAGUGUGUGUGUGUGUGUGUGUGUAAGGUCACACUGCAUGUGAAUGACCCUCUAAAUGUUUGUCAUUUUUAGAAGUAAUUGUUCUUUACGCUGUGUAAACUCAACAAUCUGUGAGAAUGAAAGCAAACACGAUGGAGGUUAAAUGAGUCACAUGAGCUUUAGAGGAUUAUGGGAUGUUUUUUGGUUGCUCAUCCAUGUAGCACUCCAGUAACUUAAGUCUGUCAUUUUCAUGGAACUGUGAGAAGUUCAAGUUGAUGGCAGUUUUUGCAUUUUGCCAAACAUUUUAGAAUUUGCAAUGCCAUGUUCGUUUUCACAAGUUUGUCACUUUUUUUUUCUAAUUGUUCAUUUUUGUUUUUGGACUGCUUUUCUGUAACAACACUAAGUGAGGUCUGAUUUGUAGAUUGUCAAUGCAGUAUGUACCAUGUACGUGUGAGUAUUGGGAUGAAUAGGACUUCUGCCAGUGAUUGAUUAAAUGGACUGGAAAUUUA